AAUCUUGAACCUCCUCCUUGAACAGUAUGUUACGCGCUGGUUUGAAAGCUGCAGAGGAGCUACUGCAGAUCUCCGAAAGUCCCCAGGAAUAGCACCGCAAGCGAAAGCCUUCAUCAUGGGGGACAUGAAAACCCCAGACUUUGAUGACCUCUUGGCUGCUUUUGACAUCCCUGAUCCGACUAGCCUUGAUGCCAAGGAGACCAUCCCAUCAGCUGGGGAGGAGAAUGAGAAUCACCUGAAGUCAUCGGGAAUCUGCAUAGACGAGAAUGUGUCCUUAUCUCACUCUUUGCCUCCCUCUGACGCUCCCGUUGUGAGUGUGAUAGUGAAGAACACAAGUCGUCAGGAGUCCUUUGAAGCAGAAAAAGAGGGGAAUCAUCUCGGGACUGGUCUGCUACACAAUGGGUUUCGUGGGUCUGAUCUGCCAUCAGAGGCUCACGCUUUAGUGCACAGUUAUGGCAAGUUUGAGUCAACUUUCAUUAAUGGCGACAGCUCGAGAAGUUACUCUGAUAAACUGGACCAGUCCAAGUCGGAGCCUUUGCCAACAUUUAGUCAGUUUAGCCCGAUUUCCAGCCCUGAACCAGAGGACACAUUCAAAGAGAACAGUAUUGGUGACAAACCCAAACAUGCCCAAACUCCGUAUUUUCCACCGCCUUCAAUGUAUAUACCGACAGGAGCUUCAGUACUAGAUCAUCUUAGGAAGGUACCAGAGCCCGAAUUAAGCAUGUUUGAUCAGUACUGUAAAAAGGAACAAAAGAUGGAAAUCCACUGCCAGCCAGAGAAUAGGCUGGAAAUGAGCAGGAGAGAACAAGACAAAGCAGCGGAGAGGUUUGCGGAGUCGAGCAAGGACUUGGUAGAUACCAAUAGCUUUCUUGGAGAAGGCUUGGUGUUUGGAGACAUCCCUCACAAUAAUUUAGGAGAAAGCAAGGGGUCUGUGCCUGAGCUGAACGUGUCUUCGUCAGUACCUCCUCGCCAGAGGUUAAAGCCAACUCAUUCAAAGUUGUCAUCCUGCGUGGCGGCAUUAGUAGCUCUUCAGGCCAAAAAGGUUGCAUGUAUUCCAAAAGGCGAUCAGCCAAAUCUUACCAAGGAACCUGGUCCUUUUAAAGAUGGGACAAAAGGAAGUCCAAAAAUGCCCAAGUCACCAAAGAGUCCCCGAAGCCCCUUAGAGGUGGUAAGGAAGGCCAGCAAGCAGCCCGAGAGUCCUCGAAGUGUGUGCAGCGACAGCAGUGGGAAAGGCUCUCCUUCCAUGGCAGCCGGCUCUCCGCCAGCUAUUCCCAAAGUUAGAAUAAAGACUAUCAAGACAUCCUCUGGUGAAAUUAAAAGAACUGUAACUAGAAUUUUGCCAGAAAAUGAUGAGUUGGGCAAAUCUUCAGAAGAGUCGCCUGCGGAAACGUCAUCUGCCGAAGAGUUUAUCAAAUCUUUCCCGUCCCCUGACACUAGCACGGUUAUGGAAAGCGAGACUAACAAGAACUCAACCAAAAAUGGGGCUGCUGUGGCUAUCCAGCUGUCAAACGUCACGAGUCCUUACACAGACGGUAUAAAAACAGAUAUUGCUGCAAACAGCACGUGUUCCGUGUCCUUAUCUCCGCUGCCAAACUGCGGCAGCGGUGCCAUAAAAGUGGGUGUUAAGAGGCAGCAGCAGGGUAUCGUGAUGCAGCCAUCCAACGCAACCACCUCCAGCCUUCUUCCCAAAGCCGUGCACUUGGCAAAUCUCAACUUAGUCCCGCACAGCGUUGCUGCUUCUGUUACGGCAAAGUCAUCCACACAGAGGCGAAACCAGCAUCAGGUGACACAGAUGUCUGUGCCGCUGGUGCACCAAGUCAAGAAAGCUGCUCCCGUCAUCGUGGAGGCGUUUAAUAAAGUACUACACAGUGCCAAUCCAGUGCCGAUAUAUACUCCAAACCUUAGUCCUCCACCUGACACCAGUAUUAAUUUACCUGCCUCUGGGUAUUGUUGCCUGGAAUGUGGGGACUCGUUUGCCUUAGAGAAGAGCCUGACUCAACACUAUAGUAGACGAAGCGUUCAUAUUGAAGUCAUGUGCACUCAGUGUUCAACUAUGCUACUUUUUUUUAAUAAGUGUAGCUUGCUUAAACAUGCAAGAGAUCAUAAGAGCAAAGGAUUUAUCAUGCAGUGUUCUCAGCUGCUAAUGAAACCAAUUUCCUUAGACCAAAUGUUUUCACCUUCUCCUACAAGCUCUUCAGCCUCUCUGGCUCCUCAGACUUUGCACUCGCCCUCUCCUUCACGUAAGCCCAGUGCUGCUUCAGGAGGUGGGGUAGGAAUUUCUGCUAACACUCAGCCAGCCUUGCCUCUCUAUACGGACCCAUUGAGACUAAUCCGUCAUGGACUUAAGUGUUUAGAGUGUAACAAGCAGGCGCAGGAUUACGUUGCUUUAGCAGCUCAUUACCAGAGAACCUCAGAAGAUAAUGAGAGACUGACGUGUCAAGUGUGCCAGAUGAUGCUGCCCAACCAGUGCAGUUACUGUGCUCACCAGAGGAUCCACGCUCACAAGUCUCCGUACUGCUGCCCAGAGUGCGGAGCCGUCUGCCGCUCUGCCUAUUUCCAAACUCACGUCAAGGAGAACUGCCUGCAUUACUCCCGCAAAGUCGGAUUCAGGUUUGUGCAGCUCCAGAGGGUCCAUGCCGAGAUG